AUGGGCAAUAAUCCAGUGUUCGCCGUGACAGUGUUUUUUAUUUGCUUCCGAGAAUGUCUCGAGACAACUGUCGUCGUAUCGGUUCUCCUGGCGUUUUUGAAGCAAACCCUUGGCCAGGGAGACAAUCAGGCCGUCUAUAAACGACUUGUGAAACAAGUCUGGCUGGGAUGUGGACUGGGGUUGUUUAUAUGUAUUGCAGUUGGUGCUGGAAUGAUCGGAGCCUUCUACGGGCUCGGGACCGAUACCUUUUCUAGCACAGAGGAUAUCUGGGAGGGUGUUCUGGGAAUUCUCGCUUCCUUGAUCAUUACUAUCAUGGGCGCUGCGCUGCUCCGCGUUUCUAAGCUACAAGACAAGUGGCGUGUGAAGCUCGCCAAGGCACUCGAGCAUGACCAAAACCCCAACGAAUCGCGCAGGAACCGCAUAAAGCGAUAUAUGGAGAAAUACGUGAUGUUCUUCCUCCCGUUCAUCACAGUCCUUCGAGAAGGCUUGGAGGCAGUUGUCUACAUUGGUGGUGUUGGUCUGGCACUUCCUGCGUCCUCUUUCCCCCUUGCUGUGUUCUGUGGUCUUCUCGCUGGAUGUUUGGUCGGAUACGUUAUCUAUAAGGGAGGGCGAGAAACGUCCAUGCAGAUCUUCCUGAUCAUUUCCACUUGCUUCCUCUACCUCGUCGCCGGUGGUCUGUUUUCGCGUGGUGUCUGGUACUUCCAGAACAAUGCGUGGGGCAAUAUCAUCGGAGGUGAUGCAUCCGAAACUGGGUCCGGUCCAGGGUCGUACGACAUCAGACAGAGUGUGUGGCACGUCAACUGCUGCAAUCCUGAACUCGGUGGUGGUGGUGGCUGGGGUAUUUUCAACGCUUUGCUUGGAUGGACCAACUCUGCUACGUACGGCUCUGUCAUCGGUUACAAUUUGUAUUGGCUCUGUGUCAUGAUCGGGUAUGCAUUGAUGUUUGUCCGCGAGCGACGCGGUUCUCUCCCGGUCAUCGAUCCAGCCAUGAAGAAGGUUGCAGGUUACAAGGCACGGACAAAGGCCUUUGUGCUUCGUCGACCUUAUGAGGAGCCCGAGUCUAUUCAGCCUACUCAAGCGAGUGGUGGAGUUCUAGAGAACGUUCCUGAAGAGAAGGGCGCAGGCUCUUCUACAGUCAUCCAGCGGACCGAGUCUUGA